CCUGCAACCCUGAGAGUGCAUUACAAUCAAGGUAAUAUAAUGGUUUCCAUGCUGCUCCCCGACCCCACCCCUGAGCAGCCAUUGGCCAUCUGUGCUCCAGUAUGCUUACUUCACUGAGAUCAUGCGGCUAUUCUUGCUGAUGCCUCAGUCCCUAAAGCACCCCAGUUGAUGAGCUGUAAUAUGCCUGUCCCUGGCUAAUGCUGAUGAUAUGUUCCUGAGUAGCAGUGAGGGCAACCAAUGAGAUUAUGGCAGGGCGGUGUCUCUGUGUGGAAAAAGGAUGCGGUAACCUAGCCCUCUAUUUCUCAGGGGCUGCAAAUGACAUAAGGUAAAAUAAAGCUCAUUCACCAUCUGCAAAGGAGAAUGAAUUGAGAGCAAGCCAGGAGGGAGAGGGAGUGUGUGUGUGUGUGGAAAGCAGGAACAGCUGGAGGAUAAACACAAGUGACUAAAGGAGAAGGUCUCAGAAUGGGGGACAAGGCCAGGAUGCAGCACGGAGACCCUGAGGGGAGGGAGGAGGAAGAGAGAAGGUGGAGCUCCAGGAGUUACAAUGUAGGGGCCGUCUCCAGCUUCCUCUCUACCCUUGUGACCUUCCCCAUCUACAAGACCAUCUUCCGCCAGCAGAUCCAUGCCUUUUCCAUACAGGAGGCCAUACAGCAACUGCGCCAGGAGGGCAUGCGCCGCUUCUACCGGGGCCUCUUCCCACCACUCUUGUCCAAGACGCUCCAGGGAACCCUGUUGUUUGGCACCCAUGACAGCUUGCUCCUUCUCCUCACCAGCAACCCUUCUGAGCCUUGCACGCUGGGGGAGCGGUGGACAGCAGGAUUCCUGUCUGGCUUAGUGGAGGCUUUAGUCCUGAACCCCUUUGAGCGGGUCCAGAAUGUCCUGCAAGAUGGACGGAAAGAUGCCAGGUUCCCAAACACCCGCAGCAUCCUGCGGGAAUUCAACUCAUAUGGUCUGAAGGAAAGGCUGGUUGUAGGCUACUAUCGUGGCCUCAGCCCCGUCCUGCUGCGGAACAGCCUGGGCAGUGCACUGUACUUCUCUUUUAAGGAUCCCCUCCGUGAUGGCCUGGCCAUGAGGGGCUUGCCUAGCUGGCUCCCUGCCCUGGUGUCUGGCAGUGUUAAUGGGACGGUGACUUGCCUGGCAUUGUACCCUCUGAGUGUCCUUAUUGCCAACAUGCAGUCACAGGUUGUGGGGAGGGAUCUCCUCAGCCUCUGGCAGUCUGUGUGGUCUGUCUGGGAGUCGCACGGGAGGAAGCUGACUCUUCUCUAUCGGGGCGGCUCCCUCCUUGUCCUCAGGUCCUGCCUGACAUGGGGUCUCACCACUGCCAUCCAUGACUUCCUGAAAGAGAACACAGGGCAGAAGUCCCUGGUGGAAUAAGGGGAGAGGCCAGAGAACCAUUGGCCCUGACAUUUCUAGUGUCAUGUCUCAGAGCCCUGAGGACUUCGAAUGGGAUUUCGCUUGUUUACAAAGAGGCCCUGAAGCUCAUAGUCAAUAAAACUUUAACACACAAGCUAAA